GUCAAUAAGAUAUGUAAAUAGGAAACUUGAGACAGCAAGUUUGUUGACAAAUCAAAAAGGGGUAUUGAAUAGUUUUACAAAUUCGAAUUCAUUUUCUAUAAAGAUGUCUAGUCCGCGUGUCAAAAGAUAUAGAAGAGAUUCUCAAAAGAGCGAAGAUGAGGAAGACAAUUCGUUUGUUCCUUAUGUGUCAGUAAAAGAACGAAAAAAACAACAGCUGCUCAAGUUGGGUCGUAUCGUUCAAUUGACUGCCGAAGCAUCUACGGUUGGAAAAUCAUCCAGUGAAAAUGAGCACGAGGAAGAAAGCACAGAAGAGUCAUGGGGAAGAAAAUUUAAUAUCAGCUUGUUGGAUCAACACACUGAACUUAAAAAGAUAGCAGAAGCUAAGAAAAUUAGCGCAGUAGAAAAACAAUUGAAAGAGGAGGAGAAAAUCCUCGAAAGUGUCGCUGAAAAGAAAGCACUCAUGGGUGUUGCUGAGUUGGCCAAGGGAAUACAGUAUGAAGAUCCUAUCAAAACCAGCUGGACGCCUCCAAGAUAUAUCUUAUCCAAACCGGAAUCCCGUCACGAGAAAAUUCGCGAAAAGCUCCGUAUACUGACGGAAGGAGAAAAUGUACCACCGCCACUGCGUACGUUUCGUGAAAUGAAGCUCCCAAAAGCCGUGUUAGCAGCCUUGGCGAAAAGAAACAUAAAGAAACCUUCUCCUAUUCAAGUGCAAGGUAUACCUGCAGUUCUGGCUGGACGAGACUUGAUCGGGAUCGCAUUUACUGGCUCGGGUAAAACGUUGGUUUUUGUUUUACCAAUCAUUAUGUUCUGUUUAGAGCAAGAAUUACGGCUACCAUUCAUUAAACGUGAAGGGCCGUACGGAUUGAUCAUUUGUCCUUCUCGGGAGCUAGCGAAACAAACACAUGACAUAAUUCAGUACUAUUGUCGCCAUCUUCAGGAAGCUGGUAUGCCAGAAAUUCGCACUGUUCUCGCAAUUGGCGGAGUCCCUGUAAAUGACGCCAUUGCAAUCAUUCAGCAAGGGGCACACAUCAUGGUUGCCACGCCGGGUCGACUAAUGGAUAUGUUGGAUAAAAAAUUGGUAACUCUAGAUGUAUGCCGUUACCUGUGCAUGGAUGAAGCUGAUCGAAUGAUUGACAUGGGUUUUGAGGAAGACGUCCGCACAAUAUUUUCCUAUUUUAAGGGACAACGACAAACUCUUUUAUUCUCGGCAACCAUGCCAAAAAAGAUUCAAAAUUUUGCUAAAUCUGCUUUAGUAAAACCAGUUACAAUCAACGUUGGACGUGCGGGUGCCGCUUCAAUGAACGUAACUCAAGACGUGGAAUACGUAAAGCAGGAGGCAAAAGUUGUGUAUUUGUUAGAGUGUUUGCAGAAAACACCACCUCCAGUACUGAUAUUUGCUGAGAAAAAGCAAGAUGUCGACGCAAUUCAUGAAUAUUUAUUACUUAAAGGGGUAGAAGCAGUAGCUAUCCACGGAGGAAAAGAUCAAGAAGAGCGAUAUCGGUCGGUCGAGUCAUUUAGAAAUCAAGAGAAGGACGUGCUAGUUGCCACUGACGUCGCAUCUAAAGGUUUGGAUUUUCCGGAUGUGCAGCAUGUAAUUAAUUAUGAUAUGCCAGACGAUAUCGAAAACUACGUACAUCGAAUUGGUCGUACUGGUCGAUCUGGAUCAAAAGGUUUAGCGACAACAUUUAUCAAUAAGGUGACAGAGCAGUUUGUACUAUUGGAUUUGAAACAUCUUUUGAUUGAAGCUCAACAAAAAGUUCCUCCGUUCUUGGGUGAACUAUGCUCGGAAACAGAGAAAUACGCAGAUCUCGGUGAUGGCUGUAGUUAUUGUGGUGGUUUAGGUCACCGCAUCACGGAAUGUCCUAAACUUGAAGCCGUGCAAAGCAAACAAGCUUCUAAUAUUGGACGCAGAGAUUAUUUAUCGAACACUGCUGCUGAUUAUUAAUGUAGUUUCAGUACAGUAGCACUGCAGAUGCACUAUCUUAUCUACAGCAUUUAUGAUUAAGUUUGAUAAAUAAAGAAGACUGUUUUGUUCCAUAAAAUCACAAA